AUGCAUAAAGUUUGUUUGUACAUAUCACCGGCUCCGAAUCCGAAACCUGGGAAUUUCGUACGUGAAAAUAAUGAUAAAAAUAUAAUAGAAACGGAAAAUGUAUUGCCCUGGUGGAUGAAAGAUAGAAACAGUAGUAAUAAUAAAGCCAUUUAUUGCAAAAGGCAAAAUAAAAUUGUUGUCGGUUUGCCUUUGAACAACGAUGAGAAUUUUAAAAACGUUAAAAAAUCAUUUUCAUCGACGACUUUUAAAGAUCCGGAGCAUAAAAAGUCCGAAUUGUUUUUAAAAAAAACCGGUUAA